AUGGGCAGUCACCUCACCCUUCAGGAACAAUGGGUGGCGGUCGGAGCCAUGGCCGUCGUCAGCUACGACCACAUCCUCACACUGGAUCGCGAGAUUCAGUACAUCUGGAGGAGGAAGAUCACGGGUGCAAGCGCGACCUACGUCGUCAUGCGUUGCUCCUCGUUGGCCGCCACCGUCUUCACCCUCCUCAAUUUCUUCUCUUGGCCGGGCAAGUCAUCACCAGUGAGAGCCUUCGCGUGCCUCGACAGAAUCUAG